AUGGAUAACUUGAAAUAUUACUUAUUUUUAUUCCAACUUCAAUGUUUUCUAGUAGAUAUUCAUAUCACAUUGCUCAUGCGACCCCAACCUCUCCAUCCACUUCCAGCUGGGUUCUGUACAGGGAGUUUAGCUUACUUUGGGUUACUGUCUUGCCAUCAGCUAAUGACUAUUUUGGUGGCAUUGAUAGCCACAGAAGUGACAGCACUCGCUAUGUGUUUUCUAAGGAAGUUUCUGGUAUUCCGGAGGAUGAAAAGAGCGCAUAUUUCUAUCAAAACGAUCGCUUCGGUUUUAUUUUGUUUGGCCAUGUUUAUAGUCUUCAAAGUGUCAAACUUGGGAUCUUGUGGUCUGGCAGAAGACGAGGAGUUUCGUUUGAUAAUGGAGAACUACGCUUCCUACCUCCAAUCCUUCCGGAACCUACAAAACUUCUCAAUCUACAGCCGAAUUUCUCAACUUGCCACGUCUACAAUCUUCCUGCUCCCUAUUGGAAUUUUAGCCGGACUUUCAUUAGCUGAUGUCGAAUAUUCUCAAGACACCACCAGAAUCCUCCUAGUCAUGUUCAGCACUCAUGCAUCUGUCAAUGUCAUCGUCCUGGUUUUCACAACUCCACCAUUUCGAAAAUUCACCUUGAGACGAACUUCGAUGGUCGUUAGCAUCAUGUCCACUCGUCAUCAUUCCAUUGCUCAUUGA